AUGUUCGUUCGCUCCACUGGAAAGGAAUCGCGAGCUGAGCACCCAGCUCCUUGGGCGCCAGUCAAUGUGAAAUCAGGUAACCAAAAUGCUUGGACUAUGCUGCUCGAUAGCUACAUAUGCAGAUCGCACAUCCAUGGACUGUAUCUGCUCUUCUUACCCUCGAUGCGACGCCGUAUGCGAGUCCUGUGGGCCCUGGCCCUGAUCUGCGCCUGCACCGUGCUGUUCCACGUGAGCUAUUUGCUGGGGGAGCGAUACCACAGCAAGCAGUUCCAGACCAUCGUGGCCAACGCACAUGCUCCGAUCGACCACAUCGCCUUUCCCGUGGUCAUCAUCUGCAACAAGAACCGUCUGAACUGGUCUCGGCUGCCCGAGAUCAAGUCGCUAUACAAUAUCACGCCGCCGCAAGAGGAACUCUUCGAUCGCAUCCUUACCGCCUACGAUGGUCUCAGUUUUCACAACUUCAACGUGUUCGAUUCGCUCGUUGGCGAGUCCUUGGAUGAACUCAAUCACCUGAACUUCACGCAAAUCGUGAUUGAGAUGUCCUGGAGAUGUGACGAAAUCCUCCAAGAUUGCCACUGGCAGAAAGCACCCAGAGACUGCUGCAAACUCUUUCGACCCCGCCGCCUGCCCCUCGGCUAUUGUCUGGCCUUCAACGAGCUGGAGAGGCGACGUGGCAUGCAGACUGGAAUCAACUCGGGGCUCCUGCUGAGGCUACUUCAACGGCAGACGCAUCAUGCGCCCGGGAAUCCAGGCCUAAGGGGCUUCUGGCUAACAGUGGUGGAGUCUUCGGUGUGGUUCGGUUUUCCCAUCGAGGUGGUGCCCCACAUCCGCACCAACGUAGCCGUUACAGCGGUAUACCACUACUAUGACGAGAGCACCCUGAGCACGCCCUCCAGCUGGCGGCACUGCGUCAUGGAUUACGAGGAGGAGAGCGAGCACUUCUUCACCCUGGAGGGCCAGAAGUAUAUGAUGGAGAACUGCCAGGCGGAGUGCCAGCAACGCUACCUGCUGCGUUACUGCAACUGCUCCGUGGACCUGUUCUAUCCGCCAUCCGAUUAUCCCGCCUGCCGGCUAAAGGAUCUGCCCUGCCUGGCGUCCCACAACCAUUUGCUGCAGAACUUCGAGCAGCCCGGAGAGCAUCCCUAUGUGCACCGGGAGAAGUCCGGCCUGGUCUGCGAGUGCCUGUACAACUGCAAGUCCCUCUCCCUGCUGACCGACAUGCGGAAGAGUGUCCUGCAACCCUGGCUGCGAUCCAAUUCCAGCGCCAUCGAGAGCAUGUGGCUCAACGUCUUCUUCAAGAAGCCCUCCAUGCUGGUCUACAAGACCAACUUGAUUUACACCUGGGUGGACUUGAUUGUGUCAUUCGGAGGCAUUUGCCAGCUUUGUUUGGGCUGCUCGAUUAUCAGCCUCAUCGAGUUCGUAUUCUUUGCGCUGUACAAAGUGCCUCAAUUUUAUUGUAAGCGUUUAUUGAAUGAAAAACGAAAUGAAUAA